AUGGCCAUCUCCCUUGCCCACAGCUCCUAUAGCCCGACGCGGCUGGGUCUCCCUCCCGACGAAAAGGGGCCUCAGCAGAAACAGAGCAUGUGGCAUCGACUGGGCCUGCGACGAUGGCUGGGCCGCGACGAUCGAGACGCUUCUCCCGGCGAGAGGGACCGUCAAUCUUCCUUCCCCCACAACCUGCCUUCCCACCACUCCCACCACCAUCCCCGGGCCUCCUCCGCCGACGACUUCCCGCACGCCAAGCACGAUAACUUGACCCGCCGCCUCUCCCGCAAGGUCGGCGUUGGCCUGCCCCGAUCCACCACUUUUAAACGACAAAUUUCCGAGCGUCGGGAUCGCCUGGCCCCCUUAGAAUCCGACCACCGUCGUGCCCAGUCCGCCGACCGGCACCCGCUAAGCGCCCAAAGAACCAGAACCAGAACCCUGUCUCCACCGCCAGCCGUGGGCCCGCGACUCUCCGCGCCAGAGGUUCAGUGGCUCGGCCCGACGCCCGCAUCCACGGUCGACGAGGCCGCCGAAACCACCAACGAUGAGAGCGAACUCCGCGUCGACUGGGAGAAUCCUUCGUAUCCGGACGUAACGACUGCACCCUCGGAGGUCGAGAAGGAGGCAGACCCGGAAGCGGAGACGCCGGUGUCGACCCCGGCCCCUGUGCAGGACGACCUCGAGAUGGAGCUGGAGCGGCGAUGGAUCCUUAAUCUGAGCAUGCACUUCCGAGACAACUCAGGGCGGGAGAAGUUCUUUGUCACCUACGCGGAAAGUCCCACAAAAUGGCGCCGGGUGACCAUCUCUAUGGACUAUCGCGGUGCACCGCCUGACUCACUCGAACGAGACCUGGAGGAACUGCGGUACCAGCGUGACAAGUGCGCCCGAAUAUACGAGUCAAUCCGCGAAUCACUUGCGGAAAUCCAGUUCUACGAUACCGUGACCAACCUCAAAGUUGAGACCCUCGACGGCCGCCUCCACGUUCACGUCACGGAAGAUGUCAACGAGACGAUCCCGUACCCCCCAAUAUCCAGUAUCCGACAUCUGCGAGGGGCCCGAUGCGUGCCCGAGCACCUCCUACACUUCGAUUCCCAUCUAUCAGGUUUUGUCUAUAAGGUACAGCUGGGUGGACGUGCCUAUAUCAAAAAGGAAAUCCCGGGCCCGGACACAGUGGACGAGUUCCUGUACGAGAUCAAUGCUCUCCACGCCCUGAAUGGCGCCCCAAACGUGAUCCACGUGGAAGGAAUCGUGGUUGACGAUCAGCAGGAGGUAGUCAAGGGCCUGCUGAUCAGCUACGCUGAACAAGGUGCGCUGGUUGAUAUGCUUUACGAGCAGCGCGGACAGAUCUCGUUUGCCAGACGAGAGCGAUGGGCCAAACAGAUCGUCCAGGGUCUCUGUGAGAUCCACGAGUCGGGCUACGUCCAGGGUGACUUCACAUUAUCGAACAUCGUAGUGGAUGCUAAUGACGAUGCGCAUAUCAUUGAUAUCAACCGCAGAGGCUGCCCGGUCGGGUGGGAGCCGCCCGAGAUUGCCGCAAAGAUCGAGAGCAACCAGCGAAUAUCCAUGUAUAUUGGGGUCAAGACAGAUCUUUACCAGCUUGGCAUGACGCUGUGGGCAUUGGCGACGGGAGAAGAUGAGCCUGAGCGGCAACCCCGUCCUCUGGUUCUUGGAUAUGAUGUGGAAGUGCCAAAUUACUAUAGGCGGCUAGUCGAAGUCUGCCUCAGUCCGACGCCCCGACACAGAUUAGGGGCGAAGGAGCUUCUCCAUUUUUUCCCACGCGAUCUGCUUUCACGAAGGCCUCCACCGAUCAACCGAAUCCCAGUCGCUCACGACAAUGAUUCCACGUCCAUUGCCACAAAAAGCAACGGCCUUCAUCCUCUUCCUUCAACAGAAGCACCCUAUCAGUACCGCCUCAAGGACUCCUUUGAGCAAGAACCGCCAAAAACACAGGGCGAUAGCCUGCCACGGCCUCUCUUCGCAGACACUCAUGAUGAAGGGAAACAAUCAACUCUCACUCUUACGGAGUCAAAUGGAGAUGCCGACUUUGCUCCGCAUCAUUCGUCUGCAUCUACCUUGAAUCAUGAUGAGCCCCAUGGCAUGGACCAGGAUCGGGAUCACAGCCAGUACUCCUUUGACAAUCCAGAGUCGAACUCGGUCACAGAGCACAAAGUACAGAAUGCUGUGCCAGCUUUUUGGGCCAACACUAUCGGUAGUGGCUGCGGUCCAAAUGUACCAGAACAGCACCCGCCCUUGGAGCCAUCUACCAGCCAAGACAAAUUGAUUGCGGCUGAACCUGCUCGGUCAGUGUCGGGGAUUUCGGCUAUCGAGAAGGAUGUACCGUCAUGCACUGAGAAACAUGUCAGCUUUGAGCCUCAACCAAAUGGGCAUUCCUAUUCAACGACCUCGCUUCUUCUUUCGACGCUGCCAAUUAACCCUGCCCACGGCAUCUCGAAGUGCAGAUCCUUCUCAUCGGUUCCCAAGGAAAGACAGACUCGUAACGAGGCGGGUCGCCUUGGCUCCGUAUCCUCCCUCGCCGAGUCCCAACUGCCCAUCAAUCCUGCUCUAGGGCUUUCUCAUCGCUGGUCUUUGCCUGCCAUCCCAAAGAACACCCCAUCCCAAACACCUCCCGCUGCUACUGCUGCUGCUGCUGCUGCUGUUGCUGAGUCCGAAUCAAUUCGUCAAACCCUUACCACCUUCCUCUCUGAAUCUCGACUCCCCAUCAAUCCGACCUUCAGAGAACGCCUCACCAACCUUCCUUGA